UGCACUCAGACUGUCGCUGUCAGGCAAAUAAAACGCUUGUCUUUCGUUCGUAACGUAACGCGUAACGCGAGUGGGUUUUGUGGCACAGUGAAAAAAUCAGCAACAGCAGCAAUUAAAAAUCGAAAUCAAAUGCAACACGCAAUCGAAAUAAACGUAAAAAGCGAACUAAAAUCAAACAAACAAAAUAAUAUCGAAAAUUUAUAACAGCGGCACGUUAUGUGUAACUAACGUGUAUUUGAGUGCCUUUCCAAAUGCGAGCAGCAAACGCGUGCAUAUAUACGGGUUCCGUUCGUUCCGCAGCGUAUCGUAUUUAGCUCUUGCUUUUGCCCACUUUACGUUUCGUGUAUGUGUGUUGUUUUUGUGCUUGUUCAACGUAAAACAGCAGCAGCAGCAGCGGCGUCGGCAGCGCUGGCACAGGUAGACAACGUCUAAGACACCAUAAAACGAUGAAAAAUUGAAUAAAGCCAAAAAAAGUAAUAAAAUCAAAUCUAAAGCUAAAUAGCGAAAAGUAUAGAAUAAGAAUUUUGUCUGCGAGGAGCGCAUCAACAAUCGCAACAACAACAACAAAUAACAACAACAACAGCACUCAUUUUUUUCGUGUUAAUUACUUUUUGUGCGUCUUUGCUUUGCGGUCGCAUUCAUUUCAUAUACUAGUAAUAUUUUUCUUCUUGGAUUUUCUUUAACAACAGCAGCCGCAGCCGCAGCCAUCAACGGCCGCCAGACAAACAGACAAAAUCCAACAACAACAACAGCAACAAUAUCAACUGCUCUCGCCCCCAUGGGUGUGAGCGAGCGCGCAGAUCAUUUAUACGUAUCGUAAACGUAUCGUGAAUGAAUAUUCUGUCUAUGUGUUUUGCAGCGCGAGCGAGCGAGCGAAAGGGAAAGAGCGCGCGGUGCGUUGCGUUGCGUACGUGUUUCAGUGUGUGCGUGCGUGUGUGUUUGUGUGGGAGCCAAGAGCAUUUAUAAUAAAUAAAUUGUAUGGCUACUCCAAAAGCAAAUAAAUAAUUAUGCUGCAUAAAAGAAAAACGGCAAAAGCGUAACAAAAGUGUGAAAAAUCGUCGACGACUUCAGCUCAUCAAAAAUAAAUGAAAAAGGGAAAUACGAGUUAAAAACACUCGCACGACUUAAGAGCAAAAACCAAAAGCUCUCAAGUGUUUCACUCUUUUACGUUGCCCCCCCUCCAAAAUAUUCGCGAGUUUUUGCGAGCGUGUGUGUGUGUUUUUUGUACGUGCUUAUGGAAUUUUGACAAUUUCGUGUGUUGUCAGUCGAAAGUUUUUUGUUGUUGUUUUUUUCGAUCAAUUCGUCAACGCAACGGGAAGCUGCUGUGUUGGAAUACGCGCUCACUGUGUGAGAGAGGCUCUCCCAAAAGUCGUGUGGUUGCCAGGAUGCAGAAAACGCGGCAUUAGCCACAGCAGCCAACGGAGGAGCUAACCAGCUAAACAGGACACGCAGGAGCAGGAGCAGCGGAAGAAGCAGAAGCGACGCGAGAGCAACCCGAGAGAGUAGCAGCAGAUUUUGUUAAACAUGUCACAGCAAGUGUACUCGGCGCAUCCAGCGCUGGCCGCUGAGCAGCUGGCAGCGCCGAGCAGCUCCACAGUUGCCACAAGUGGCAGCAGCAGGCGGAAGGUCACGCCCAAAAAGUACACACUAAGCAGAAGCUGUGCGGCGCUAGCAGCUGCAGCAGCGGCAGCCAAAGCAGCAGCAGCCGCCGCAGCAGCAGCAGAGGCAACUCCAACGACAGCAGCCACAGUUGGCGGCAGCGAAUCGUGCCACACGCGCAAAACGCAGCCGACGCGAACAAAUCUGGCGGCGGUGGACGAUGAUGAUGACAUCGAGUGCGAGGAUGUUGACGAUGUCAACUUUGGCGUGCAGCAGCAGCAGCAGCAAACGCCGCAGCAGCAAACGCCGCAGCCGAUUGUGAGGCAAACAACAGCAACAACAACCAAAGACAAUGGCUACGAUGAGACGGACCAUGUGCAGUUGCGCCACAAGCGCCACAGCCGACAAAUGCCACACAAACAACUGGACCGAGGGGGAGGCGGAGGCGGACUGGGCGCCAGUGCUGGAUUGGCCGCCUCGGCGACAGCUCUGACUGGUUCCAUUAGCGAUUUGAGCAGCGUACUGAGCUCGCCCUCGGCUAGCACUGUCUCCUCGGCGCAGUCGACGCCCACGCGAACGGCGCCGUUGCAGCUGCAGCUGCAGCACAGCCAUCCGCAUUGCUGCCACAAGCAGUCGGCAGCGGCAGCAGCAGCAGCAACAGUCGGAGCCACACACCAGCCACAUCAGCAGUCGAGUCGCCACCAGCCGAAGCAACAUCAGCAGCAGCAUCAUCAUCAUCACCAUCAUCAUCAUGCUGCGGCCGCUGCUGCAGCGGGCUGUGGCGCCGCCGCCGCCGCCGGCAGCUCCUUCAAGAGCAAGAAACUUGAUCCGCGCUUCAGCCCGUCACCGUAUCGCCAGCUAUUGCCCAUUUUCCUGUGCCUGCUCUCGUUUGCGCUGGUCUUUGCCACGUUAAUUGUUUACAUGGACACGACAGAAAUCCGGCAUCAGCAAUUCCGGCUAAACAUGUCGCGCGACUACGAGCUGAACAGCGUGGCGCAAGACGAUCCCGCACUCAUUGCAUUCCUGCGCCAGAUCCAUAUGCGCAAGUAUAUGUAUAUGGCCAAAAGCGGCACCGUCUCCAGCUCGGGCAAGGCGCCAGCUGCCAGCGCAGCUGUACCGCCCGCCGGCACGGGCAACAGCAGCAGCAGCAGCAGUGGCAGCGGCAGCGGCAACAGCGUCGCCGAUCAGCUGGCGAACUAUGUGUCCGACCUGGUCGGUGGCAAGCUGAAUGGCGCGGUCAUCCAAUCGCUGAGCGGUCCGCUGGCGCAUCUGAUAACGGCGCCCUGGCUGAGCGAUCAGCUCAACUGGAUGGGCGUCCUGGUCGAGCCGGAGCCGCGCUGGUAUUUCGCGUUGCGCAAACAGAAUGCGCAACGGCAGCGCAUGCAGGUGGUGCAUGCUUGCGUUUCGCCCAAUCCCUUUCCCAAAGAGAUAACCAUACACAAUGAGGAUGUGCGCAUAAAUAGUUUGCACGACGAGGAGACGUCGUGGUUCAAUUCGCGUGUCAAAUGCUUUCCGCUCUACACAAUCAUGCUGGCAUGUGAGCGCACCGAAUACGAUCUGCUCAGUCUGGGCGUGCAGGGGCAUGAGCUGGAGAUCUUGCAGACGCUGCCCUUUGACAAGAUCAAAAUCGACAUCAUUUCGAUACAUUUGCUGGAGGAUCACGAAGAUGUGCUCGAUUAUGUGCAGAGCAUAACCAAGUUCCUAGCGGGCAAAUUUUAUAAAUUGCAGCGCAAAAUCGGACGCAACUAUUUCUAUCAGCGGCUCAAUGCCAGCGCCGGUCGGACGCGCAAAAAGGACAUACUGCUGCUCAAGACGCCACAACAAUAACAGCAACAACAACAACAAC